UGUAUUGACGGAUAACAGAAAUUUAUGUCUAGAAAAAACUUUUAAAAAAGGUUUUUUCUUAAAUAAAAAGGUUAAAAAUUAAAAUUAACCUAUGUGAAAAUCAAAUUAUUCAGUUAAUCGUAAAAUUAUUUUAGUGAAAAGCUAUUCCAGUGUUUUUUUUUGUGUAGUACAGUUUUAUGAAAAUUCGGAAUAAUGGGGCCUAAACGCAAACAUCAACAAGUACAACAAGAAUCUGAUACCGAAAUACCAAAAGCAAAGUCUUCGAAAAGUGGAUCGAAGAAAAAACGUCCCCGAAAAAAUAAAAAUGAUUCAAUUGUAAAGGAAGAGGAUUCAUCGGCGGGAAUAUUUGUUAAAGAUGAAGCAGAUGUAGGCAUUAAACCAGGUUUGAUUACGUCAGAUAACACGAAUGAUGAGGAAAAUCAUAUUGAGGAAAAUUUCUCGUAUGAAAAUAAUGACACAACUGUUGCAAGCGACGAUGUAGUUAUGCUAGAACCUAAAAUUGAACAAGAUUUACCCACAUGGCCCACAAAUGAUUUAGAAAUAUUAUUAGGAAAAAUUGAUGAAAUUUUACCUGAAAAGGAUAAUUUACGUUUUAAGUCACGUUUAGCAAAACUCGAUUGGGAGAGUUUACGAUUUGGGGAUUAUUCAAGUGAUCAGUGUCGUCAAAUGUGGGAGUUUGUACAAAAACAUGUACGAUGUUACCGACUACUUGGUGAGAUAAUUACUGAUGCCAAAGCAUGGGUAUCUCAUCCAUGGACAUCGUACAGAAAUAAUAAAAUAAAGCGUCAUCCAGAUAUGCCACGGCGUCCAUUAUCAUGUUACAUGAUUUAUUACAUGCGAAAUAAAACUAAGGUGCUAAAAAAGAAUCCAAAAAUGGAUAUGCCAACAUUAUCAAAGCAUAUCUCUGAAAUGUACAAAAAAUUAUCACCUGCCAAACGUGAGAAAUAUAUGAAAUUAGCGGAAGUACAACGAGACGAAUAUUUGGUAAAAUUGCGUGAAUUUUAUAAAAAACAUCCUGAAUUGGAGCCUAAAUCACAAAAACAAAAAAUGAUUGCGUUAAACGUUCCAAAAAAACCGUUUAAAUUAUAUUACGAUUCGAAAUUAAAGGAUGCCGACGAUAAAAUUGAUCGAAAUCUGUUUUUAAAAAAAUGCAAGAGAAAAUGGAAGAAUUUAAGCGACGAAAAAAAGUUCUACUGGAUAGAUUUAGCGUUAUCACAAACUGGCAAAAACGCAGAUACGGAUACAGAUGCGAACGACGAAUAUAAAAAGAAAAUGCAGAAUUUAUUAACCAAGGAAGAACGACAUCUAAAAGAAAAGAUUGCUGGAAAACCCGAUAAACCACCAUUAUCAGCAUAUGCUUUAUUUUCAAAGAAUCUUAUAGGAACAGAACGAAUUCAAGGGAUUAAUCCAAAAGAUCGUAUUGCAGCGAUUGCCCAAGAAUGGAAAAAAUGUACUGAACAGGAAAAAGAAUCGUGGAAACAAAAACUGAUGGAGUUAAUCGAUCAAUAUAAAAAAGAUUAUUCGGCAUAUAUCGAAUCGUUAACAGAGGAGGAACGAUUAUUGGAACUUCUAAACAAUCAACCAAAAUCACGAAAGAAAAGCACCAAAGAAAAGGAAGAUGAAGAUGCUGGAGCUUCACCUGAAGGUACCAAUGAUCCACCAUCCCCUGUCUAUGCAUCUACUAGUAAAAUGCCAGAGAUACUACCAAAUGUAACUAACCAUAAAAAAAAACGAAAGCAAUCAACUAAUUCGGACGUUAUCGAGACUCUCGAAAAUAAUGUACUUGAAGAACCAGCUACACCAUUGGCUACACUCCUUCCGGAUGAACCUGAAUCCCCACCAGCAAAACCAAUUGAAUUAUAUGCAAAAGAAUUGAAAAAUAAAACGAAAUCAAAAAAAUCUGUUCAAGAUUUAUGGAAUGAAUUAUCAAAUCAAGAGCAGGAGAAAUAUCGAAAGAGAUUGGACAAAUUAAAAAAUACGUAUAUUAUCAAGUAUGAGAAAUUCUUGAAGGGUUUGACGCCCGAUGAGUUAAAAUUAUAUUCAAGAAUGAAAACAUCACGAUCAAAGGCCGCUGAAAAUGAAAGUGAAUCAGAAUCCGCUGAUGAAGACGAGUCCGAAGAAGAUUCUGACGAUGAAGAUGAAGAAAAUGUGGAAGAGCGUGUGAAAAAAGAAGUUAAGAGUGAGGAUGAAGAUUCAGCUAAAUCGGAAGGUGAAGCUGCAAGUAGCUCUGAAGAAGAGGAUGAUUCAGAUGAUUCUAGUGAUUAGUGAACCUUUCAAAAUUUCAGUAAAGUAAUAUCCUAUAGUUAUAAGUAUUUUUGUAUUAAUUUUCUUGACAAGAAUUUAAGUUCCCUCUGAGAAAUCGCCACGCCACCUUCAUCUAUUUUUAUCCGAUACGUUAUUUUCUGAUCUAGUCGAAAAAUAUUUCAAAUAAUUUUGUAGCUAAAUUGAGCGUUGCGAUUUCUUAAGUAACUUAAAGAAUUCAAUUUUUUUAAUUUUAAUUAAAUCAG